AUGGCUAAGUUACGAACCCGAAUGACCACAUAUGAAGGUGAAAACUUAGACCGUAUUAUCUUGCCAAAACUUUCUCCUGGUGAACCUGAAAUCGUUCCUGUUACCCAUGAUGAGACUAUUCUUUAUGCAAAUGAUGGUAUGAAUAAGUAUUGGAGCCCGAUGGAUGAAUAUAACCUACGGAAAAAAUCACAAGGUCUCAGUAUUCACGUUAGUGAUUUUUACUGUGAAUCUAUCGGGCGUCUCAAACUUUCAGAAUACGAAAUUACUAUAAAUGACUUACUUCCUGAUUAUAUGCGUCUUAAAUAUACCCAAGCAU